UUCAGGGUGUUUUUAGAACACAAAUAUUUUGAAGAAACGCCCAUUUGUCACAGAAUUCACAAUUAACCAAAUGAAAUUGUUUAGUUUUUAAUCCAUAAAUGAUUAAAUAGAUGUACAUUUUUUAAGAACGGUUGUUAGAAAAUCAUAAAACUACUAAAAUGUCGGCUAUGAUAACUGCAGAGUGGUGUCCACUAGGAAAGGACAACUUUUACAGAAAAUUUGAUAUCUACGAAAUGCACUGGGAUCUCAAAUUUGAAAAUAUCUGCGUGGCCGCGGCUCAAUAUGGAGGACCCAUUGCGAUCAUAAUGGACAGAAAAAAAUUCGUUGCUGUCCAAGGUGCAACUAAGCCGACAAUUUUCAUUUACACAGCCUCGGGUCAAAUUUUGUCGUCAAUCUUGUGGAACAGUGGAGCAAUCGUGGAGCUGGGCUGGUCUUCAACAGAGGAACUCUUGUGUGUGCAGAGUGAUGGCAUCGUCGUUCGAUAUGAUCUAUUUGGAAACUUCAAGCACUCCUUCAGCAUGGGAGAUGUGGCAAAAGAGCACAAGGUGAUGGAUGCCAAAAUUUACAACAGCUUCGGAGGUACGGGCAUCGUUGUCCUGACUUCUAGUCUGCAAUUUUUCCUUGUCAACAACGUGCUGGAACCAAAAUUAAGAAAAGUUGCUGAAAUGUCUAGUCCUCAGCAACCACCCAGCAGUUGGUGUGUCCUGUCGGACGAGAAAAGGUCCAGGCUCUUAGUGGCACAGCGGAAAAAUUUAAUGCUUCUGGGAGAAACAAAAACCAGUGCCCAGCCUAUUUGUGCUGAUUUUACUGGGGCUUACACUGAUGUCACAGAAAUAAUUGCUUCACAUGACAAUCAACUGGUAGCAUUGUUCACCGACACUGGCAGACUUUGGCUUGGCACUGCGGAUCUAAGAACCAAAUUCUGCGAGAUUGACACAGGCUGGCGCUCCAAACCUGAUGACCUUGUUUGGUGUGGCUCGGAGUCGGUGCUUGGUUUGUGGAGUGGAGGCUCUUUGCUGCUUGUUGGAAAAAAUGGAGACCGUCUUACCUUUGCAAUCAGCGAAGGAAUGGCACUUUGCAAAGAGAUGGAUGGUGUGCGACUUCUGUCUCGUUAUAAGCAUGAAAUGCUGCAGAAAGUUCCUGCAGUGACGCAAGAAGUAUUUCGAAUAAACAGCACUGAGCCUGGAUCAUACCUAUUAGAGGCUUCCCGUCAAUUUGAGAAAGGUUCACAUAGGUCUGAUGAGUAUUUACGUCUUGUGAAGGAUAAAUUGAAGAUUGCAGUUCAACAGUGCAUUGAGGCAGCGGGUUACGAGUUCUCUCAGGACACUCAAAAGCUCCUUUUAAAGGCUGCUCAGUUUGGGAAGAGUUUCUUGGAAAGCACAUCCGACAGUGAUAAGUUUGUCCAAAUGUGCCGAACUAUGAGGGUCCUGAAUGCUGUCAGAGACUACAAAGUAGGACUUCCACUUUCUUUGAUUCAACUUCGGCACCUUACAACAAGAGUUCUCCUAGAUCGUUUGGUUUUACGCAAAAACUACUUUCUUGCUAUCAAAAUUGCUCAGUUCUUGCAAAUACCUGAGACAGAUGGUGAAAGCAGAAUCCUUGCUUUGUGGGCCUGCAAUAAGGUUGGGCAAACUCAUUUGCAAGACGAAGACGUAGCUCGGGAAAUUGCAAAUAAAUUGGGUCAAGCGCCAGGCAUUUCAUACACAGAGGUUGCAAAUAAGGCCAUCGACGUGCAUAGAAAUCAACUGGCAUUGAAGCUAAUGGACUAUGAACCAUGUGCUACCCGUCAAGUGCAGUUACUGCUGAGACUUAAUGAGGGCAAGACGGCUCUCGUCAAAGCUAUCGACAGUGGGAACACUGAUUUGGUGCACAUUGUUAUACAGCAUUUAAAAGAACACAUGUCUCUCUCAGACUUUCUAUAUUACAUUCGAGAAUACCCGAUGGCCCAAGCAUUGCAUCUCAAGUACUGUCGAGAACACAACAAAGAAACCUGGAGAAGUAUUUACGAGCAGGAGGACGAUUUCAAUUCCUUGGGUGCUUGUGCAGUGAGAGAAGCUUUUGAUCCAAAGAAUUCGUCGACCAUGGAAAUGAUUCUGAAUUCUGCUGCUGACUUUUACAAGAAAGGCAAACACGAAACUAAUUUCAGUUUGUGUGAGGAGCAAGCCAAGUUACUAAGACACCAACGUAGUCUGCAAGAAAAGUUAAGCACAGGCAACUUCGUCGGCCUUUCCGUAACGGACACGCUCAAAAAGCUUCUGCUUAUGAAGGAGCAUAAAUUAGCAGAAAAAUUGCGACAAGAAUACAAAGUUCCUGACAGAAGAUAUUACUGGGUCAAAAUUUCAUCUCUAGCUGCGGAGGGCGAGUGGGCAGAACUUGAAAAAUUUUCAAAGGCAAAGAAAUCUCCUAUUGGAUAUGAACCAUUUGUCGACGUUUGUCUUGCUCAUGGUAAAAAGGACGACGCUCAACUCUACGUCGGUCGUGUUAACGAGGACAUGAAAGUUCGAUACUAUAUGAAACUAGAUUUGUUUUCUGAAGCUGCCAAAGUAGCAUUCGACCAAAAAAAUCUGCAGGCGCUAGAGUAUGUGCAUUCCAAGUGCUUUGCCAAAUAUCCAGAUCUUGCUGAAAAAAUAACUGGCUUGAAAGUGCAACUUGGUUCCAAGAAAUGAUGAAGGAAUUUUUACAGACUAUACUUAUCAUGCAUGUUUUGUAUAAAGCUUUUUUUAAGAAUAAUAAUUGUAAUAAUUAUUGCCAACUAGAAAAAUCACGUAAUCCAUUAUUAAAACAGUCAUAUUGUUCAGAG